AUGAACGGCGACAUCAGUCUCUCCCAGGCUCUUGGCGGCCUGCGCAUUGCCAAUCCCGACGACUCCCCAAAUCUCUCACAGGGCACCUCGACGAGUCACGACGACAGUCACACGACUCAAGCGGGCGUCAGGGCGGAAUCUGAAGAGAGUAGCGAUUCCAAGGCCCUUCAAAAUGCCGAGCCUGGAUUAGGGGCUCGAGAUACCCCUCCCCGACAGCCCCACACAUACGAAUCGGCCGCGGCUAUCCUCAAGAACGCACAAAACAGCUUGAACGCCACACGUGGAAUCACCGGCUCAACAGGUUCCAGCGACCCCCAUCUAGCAGCACAACAUGGCGCCUACCCGCCUGCAAACGAGGUGCACCCACCGGCGUCAGCGCCCUUACCCGGUCAGGGUCGGGCAAUGGAACACGAGGCGCAAGGGGAUCCGUAUGUGGGCCCUAGGAAUGAGCAGUCUCGAUCUUCCGUCUACGGGAUAAGGAGCGAUCCUCGGUUUGACCAGCCCAAUCCCUCACAGAUUCCGUCGCGUGAGGGGAGCCGGUCGCACCAUGUUGGCCGGCCAGGCCCGCCCCCGCCAGGAGCCGGUCCCAACGGCAUGCCACCACCGAGGAGAAGCUCAAAGGCAGUGGGAGGAGGAAUUGCCGCAAUCCCGGGCAUUCCGCAAGCCCCGACCGGGAGUUAUGGACCAGAGAUGCCAAUACCCGCAAGCAGCGAGGAGUGGAAAGACAGGGGCGCGGCUGUGAGUUUGAAAAGAGAGGUUGAUGCCGAAGGGAAGACAAUCGUCAGGUCUGUCAAGAAGGGGGUUCGGGACUUUUCGUUUGGGCGGACGCUAGGGGAGGGCUCCUACAGCACCGUCUUCCUCGCCACUGACCGCCAGACCUUACGAGAGUACGCUGUCAAGGUGCUCGAGAAGAAGCACAUCAUCAAGGAAAAGAAGAUCAAAUACGUCAACAUCGAGAAAAACACGCUGAACCGACUUACCGACCACCCCGGAAUUGUCCGGCUCUACUAUACUUUCCAAGACGAGGCGUCGCUUUACUAUGUUUUGGAUCUUUGCAACGGUGGGGAGCUUCUGGGCGUUUUGAAGAAGACGGGGACCUUUGACGUCGAAUGCACGAGAUUCUAUGGCGCCCAGAUCCUGGACGCCAUUGCCUACAUGCACUCCCGAGGUGUCAUUCACCGCGACCUCAAACCCGAAAACGUGCUCAUGGACGACCAAAUGCACAUCAAGAUCACUGAUUUUGGCACGGCCAAGCUAUUGCCGGACCCUCGAGACCCGAGACCACCAGAAAACCCGUCGACGCUCGCCGCCUCGCCAGACGAAAAGAGGAAUGCUUCUUUUGUGGGCACCGCAGAGUACGUGAGCCCCGAGCUCUUGACAGACAAGGCCGUGGGGAAGCCAAGUGACCUUUGGGCUUUCGGCUGCAUUAUCUACCAACUCCUCGUCGGCAGGCCGCCUUUCAAGGCUGGGACAGAGUACUUGACCUUCCAAAAGAUCGUCGGUCUUGAGUACGAGUUCCCCCCGGGUUUCCCCCCUGCGGCGCGGGAUCUUGUCGAGCGGUGCUUGGUACUGGACCCGGCCCGGCGUCUUACUGUGGAGCACAUCAAAAACCACGAAUUUUUCGAUGGGCAGCAGUUUGGUAAGGAGUUGUGGCGGACGAAGGCACCGCGCCUACGGCCCUAUGUACCUCCAGCACAGGAGCCCCACAUCAUCCAGCUUAACGGGGGCGGCGGAUCGAGUCCGCCAAAGCCACCUAAUUCUCGAGGAACCCACGGCCCGCCCAACGGCUCAAGACCGGCCAGGAUCAUCACGGAACUCCCACCACCAACGCAAUUGGACAUCGAAUGGUCGCCGGUUCUGACGAGAAACAACGAGCGGAUAUUGAAGCUUGGCGACCUGAUGGUAAUAUCUUCCCCAAUCCCAAACAGCCCGCAUGGACGCGGCGACGGUGACGGCCACAAGAAGCUAUCGCGCUUCUUUGGUGGCAGCACCACUAAAAAGAGGCAACGGCUCGUCAUGAUUACCUCUGGCGGGCGCAUUGUGCUCGCUCCGGCCGGUGGAGAGGAGAAGAGAGCGAAGCAAGAGAUCUCGCUGCUGGGAUCUGAUUGUGUGUGGAAGACUCAAUUAGACGCCAAGGGACAGGCAGUGUGGUGUGUCGACACGAACGGUGUGCACUACACGUUUGAAGAACCCAAGUCGUCGCAAAAUAGCGAGGCCAAGUUCUCGGUUGACGACUGGAUCGAGUCGCUGGAACGAGCAAAGGACUUGGCCAUCUCCCAAACCUUGGUUGGCCCCUACAGCAGCGACAACGGAUUUGGCGACAUGUCAUCGUCCAUGUCGAGCCCGGAAAGCACCAUGGGGGGGAGGACGAACUUUGCCGAGGGAUACAGUGUCAGCGACAGGUCGGGCCGCAAUCAGCUCAGCAAGAGCCAGGCGAGCCUGCCAGAGGAGGUAAAUGUUAAGCGCAACCGCUUCAGCAAACGGCAAUCCAAGAACGGAUUGGGCGCGGCAUUUUGA